ACAGGAAACGCGUGGGUUGAUGCUGUGUGCAUUGUAGCUGUUAAUUUCGAUUUUUUGUGAUAAUCAGAAUUAUACGAAAAUGGCAGCUUCUAAUUACUCUUUGAAGGUGAACAAGCUGUUGCUGGACCCCAAGUUUGAGAGUUACCGCCUAUCUUUGGAUCCAUUACCUAUUUACAAUAUAGAGCUUGAUGCAGCUGUGGCUGAAGUUAAACUUCGGGACGAUCAGUACACCUUGGACCAUAUGCGUGCCUUUGGCAUGUAUAAUUACUUGCACUGUGAUCCCUGGUAUGAGGACAGCGUGUACUACAUCGAUCAGCUAGGAAGGAUUCUGAAUUUAACUGUCACGCUGGACACUGCUCUUUGCAAACCCAGAGAAGUCUUCCGGCUGCCAUCUGAGUUGAAUACCUAUGAGAAUCGCCUCUGCGCGUCUUUGCAUUUCACAUCUUCUACCUGGGUGGCCCUGUCAGAUGGCACUGGGAAGCUAUAUCUCAUGAGAACAAGCAAAAGGGGAGAAAGUUCACAUGGAAAGUGGGAGAUUUUGUUUAGCCAGGAUCUUGGGGAGCCAUUUAUAAUUAUUAACAGCCUUUGUUAUGUGAACUCUGGCAGCCACUCCAUCGAGGUACUCCUCCUUAGAAUUAAGAAGGAUGAAUUGGAUGUGAAAGGAAGUGGCUUCUGUGUAUCAAUUGAAUGGCUUACUGUAGCUAAUAUCAGUGGACAGGAUGAAGAAAAGAAGUAUACCAUAUCCAAGAGACGAGUGCUGCAAGGAAAGUCUGUUCCUCACUAUGCCGCCAUUGAACCAGAGGGGGGUGGCCUAAUGAUUGCAUCAGACAAACCCUUCAAAUUCAUCCAAGUCGAUGGUAAACAAAUUGAAGAGACCUUUGAGGAGACUAUGGAUAUUGAUGAAAAAAAAGAUCCCAUUUACUACUGGCAACAAACUGCAGAGGACAUAACCAUCACCAUCCGUCUACCAGAAGGUACCACUAAAGAAGCCAUUGAGUUCAAGUUGUCUAUGGACAGUAUGCGUGUUGGGUUACAUGGAUAUGCUCCUUUGCUGGAAGGGCAGCUGUAUGCCUUGGUUGACACUGAGGCUAGCGCCUGGAUAAUGAAAGAAGACAAAAGCCUAGAGAUAACCUUGCUGAAGAAGAAUGAAGGACCCAUGUGGCAGGAGCUGGUUAUGGGCAACCAAAGAGGAGAAUUUAUAAUGGACCCUGCUCAGGCUGCCAUGAUAAAUGAAAGUUUAAGGCAUCUUACUUCAGAGGACUUGAAUGCAAACCCUGAACAAAAUAAGCCACCAUGCAAUGCUCAGGAACUGGAGGAAUGUGAUAUCUUCCCAGAAGACAGCUCAAGCCUGACGCGACUUGAUGGCAGUACACUGAAAGCUACCCAUGUGGUGAACCUUGGAAGCCACCAGUACCUGUUUAGUGUUGUUGUGAACCCAGCUGAGAUGCCAUGUUUCUGUCUUCGCCACGAUGUGGAUGCUUUACUGUGGCAGCCUCAUGGAAAUCAGCCAGAUAACAUGUGGGAGCACAUUGCAACCUUCAAUGCCUUGGGAUAUGUUCAAGCAUCAAAGCGUGACAAGAAGUUCUCAACAUGCUCGCCAAACUAUUCCUAUGCUGCUCUGUGUGAGUGCUUACGCAGAGUGUUCAUCUACCGGCAACCCUCUCCAGUGUCCACUGUGCUUUACAACAGGAAAGAAGGAAGACAAGUAGGGCAGGUUGCUAAGCAACAAGUUGCAAGCCUGGAAUCCAAUGAUACCGUCUUGGGAUUUAGAGCAACAAAUGAGAGGUUAUUUGUCUUAAUGUCAAAGAACAUGUUUGUUAUAAAAGUAAAUACUGGAAAUUAGAAUAUACAGCUUUUAGGCUUCUGUUCUGCAGUAGUCUGUGCUCUUUCACAUUACAAAAUACUUUAGUCGGUUGAAGCUAUGAAGGCUAUUGUAUCACCACCAACUGCAAAUUAAACAUGCUUUUUUUUUUUUUUUUUUUUUCAAAUGCAAACAAUUGUUUAUGUAAUAGAGAAAAAACUGGUUUGUUUUUGGAGCAUACUGCAUAGUAGCAUUAUUGUUUAAACUGUGUAAUUUUAAUUGCUAAAUCAAUACAUAACUUUUGGAUUAAAAACUUUCAAUUAUA